AUGGCUCAACAGUUUCGCGCUGGAGGCCGCAGCAACCGUUCUGGUCGCUCCCAAGCAGAUCAUGAUGUUUUUGAAGGUCUACCUGUUCGUCAAUGGUCCCAGUCGGAGACUAUUGUAGGUCUCCCACCACCGACAGAGGUCACUCAGGGUGGUGACAACGCAUGGCCUGAACUUCCCAUGCCACGCGAUUCUAAUCAACUUGCUCCAUGGACACAACAACUGCUGCGUGAAGCAAGAAGGCCCAGACUUGCAAAACGACCCCAGGAACCCAUUGAAGACGACAAGCAGGAAGAAGAUGAAGAGGGCGAAACUGUUCAGACUGGUUGGCAGUCGAAGAAGUGGAGCCAAGUGCCAUCUCAUCUCGAAAAGCCCGAGCGCGAGUUCCUUGCUAAGCGCCGCAAGGGUCUCCCUAGUCUGCACACUCAAAUAGCAUUGCAAGCCGCCAAUGCCGCGGCUUCGUCAGUACCUACAAGGAAAGCCAAGGUUAUGAAGUCAGAUGCAGAUGGCAACACCACAGUCUACGAAGUUCUGGUUCCUGAGGGUCAAACUGUCGAAGGCGAAGUCACAGAGGAUACUGUCAUGGCUGAUGCCGCGCCAGUACAGGCAGCUCCUGGCACUGUCAUCGAAGGCGUUGGCAUCGCUAAUGCUGAAGGUGUCAUCGUUGCGACCGAUCUACUUCAACAACAGCAACAACCGAUGAGACGCAAACCAAUUCCUCCGCGUAGAAUCAGAAAGGGUGGACCUGGUCGCGGCAAGAAGAAGGUCAUGUUCAAUCCAAACGACGGCCACAAUGCUGCAGCAACCUCGACUCCUGGAGGCGGAGCCAGUGUCGCUACACCCUCAACUCUCAAUGCGAAUGCAGAUGACUCUGCAAUGGACAUUGAUUCCACUCCGAAGCCCGAUGCCAAUGACGAAGGAGAUGAAGAAGAUGGCGAGGAGGGCGAAGAAGGUGAUGAGGAUGAUGAUCGCGAGGACGGCGAACUUAGCGAAGGAGAUGAGCCUCAAGAAGAGGAUCCCCUUGCCAAGCCUGAGAUCGCAACACCCGCACCAACAGAACCCCAGGCAGAAGAGCAGCCCCGACAACCACGAAUCAAACAGAGGAGACUCCUGCACCUGUCACAGAACAAGCAGAAGACAAUCCUGCACCGGCUACGGAACCAGCAGAGGAAACCCCUAUACCGAUGA